AUGCAUUUGGCUUCUGAUAUUUGUAAAGGCUCACGCCCAAAAGUUAAAAAUGAAAUACCAGAUUUAUUUAAGCAGCUUAUUAACAAUUGUUGGGAUACUAUGCCAACAAAUCGACCAACAGCAAAUGCAUUAAUAGAAAUAUUUAGUAACUGGGCGAUGGAUGUGAAUGACCCAGGUUCAGAAUUAUAUGUACAAAUUAAAAAUAAUGAAGAAUUUAAAACUCAAGAUAUUACUUCCUCUCAAUCUACGUUUGAAAUGCACUCAGAAGCAUGUUAUGCAAGUAGAUUGCUCAGCAUUCCUAAUUUCCCAAAACUUGAUAAUUUAAGUAAUUUGUAUACACAACCUGUGCAUACGACUUUAGACCAAG